GAAGUCUGCUGCUGCGGCGGUAGUAGGGAGUUGGACGGGUUGGACGUCGGAGGUUUACGAACGCAAGUGUAACUUCGGCGAACAACAAAAAUGUCAAGUUUAAGACAGACUCCACUCACAUGCAGUGGUCAUACUCGCCCUGUCGUGCACUUAGCAUUUAGUGAUGUAACCGAAAGCGGAUACUAUCUCAUUUCAGCAUGCAAAGAUGGGAAACCCAUGCUCAGGCAGGGAGACACUGGAGACUGGAUUGGCACCUUUGAAGGCCACAAGGGUGCUGUUUGGGGGGUAGCCUUGAAUUCGCAGGCAACGAAAGCUGCUUCUGGAGCGGCCGACUUCAAUGCUAAGGUGUGGGAUGCAAUGUCAGGAGAUGAACUUCACUCCUUCCAACAUAAUCACAUUGUCAAGAGUGUGGACUUUUCCGCUGACAGCUCUCUCUUUGUGACUGGCAGUAAUGAGAAGCUACUUCGUAUUUUUGAUCUGAACAAGCCAGAAGCAGAUCCUGCUGUGUUUAAAGGCCACACUGGAGGUUUGAAAUAUGUCACAUUUUUCCGUGGUGAUUCUCAAUUGAUUAGCUGUUCCGAUGACAAAACCAUCAGAGUGUGGGACAGAACAUCAGGGCAGGAAGUGCAAAAGGUUGAGCUGUCAGCAAGCCCUAGCAGCCUGGAAGUUUCAAAGGAUGGUACUAUACUGACUGUAACUCAUGGAAACAUAGUCAGCUUCUGGGAUGCUGAGAAGUUGGAGAAAUUGAAGGAGAUCACUGUUCCCACUCAGGUGAAUUCUGCGUCACUUCAUCCUGACAAGUCUAUCUUUGUGUGUGGAGGAGAAGACUUGAAAAUGUACAAAUUCAAUUAUGCAACUGGUACUGAAAUUGAAUCCUUCAAGGGACAUUUCGGACCUGUACAUUGUGUGCGGUUCUCCCCAGAUAGCGAGCUCUAUGCAAGUGGAUCUGAAGACGGAACACUGCGCUUGUGGCAGACGACAGUUGGGAAAACGUAUGGUCUUUGGAAGUGUGUGGAGUCCAGCAUUGUAAAUUCAGCUGAAUCUGUGGCUCCUGCUGCACCAACUAUCCAGGAAGUCCCUGCUAAUUGAUACCAGAUUUAAUGAGAAAAAAUUGGGCCCAUCCUUAUUCACAGAGCUUUUAAAACCGAAAAUAUUGGUGCAGUUUUGGUUGAAGUACUUAAAUCUUUAUUGGAUUUUAUUGAAGAUGAGUACUUUUCCAGAAUUUUAAAUCUUUCAGAUAUCAGUCAUGAAUCAAAUUGUGAAGUUGCACUAAUGCCCAAACUGGAUUUGGAGUUAAAGAGGUACUCAACAUGUUCAUGGAGCUCAGGUGAUAUUUCUAGAGAUGAAUUGUGAUAUUGAAAACAAAACAAAAAGUUAACCCUUCAAUGCUGUUUGAAUCAGCAAAGUUCAUUUUCAUCCAAUGUUCAAAUUAGUGUCCAAGCUGCUGACUCAUUUUAAUCAGAAAUCCUGAUUUAUUUAUUUUUAAUGUCUCUGCAUGAAAAACCUGGAGUUUGUUUUGAACCCAAUGUUCAUGAUUUAGUUUCUGUGUACAGUUUACAACUGUUCAGUCAACUAGACUAAAUGCAUUUUAAACAACAUUUAAAUGCCAAUUGAAGCUUCCCUCUCUCUUAUUCACUGUGGUCAUGUUCACGUGAGCCUGGAUUGAGCACUCAAUUUCUUGAAAUUCAGAGUGAUAUCUUCACAUUUCUUACUUUAGAAGCUGGUUGAUGUUGAUGUGAUGAUUUUUAUAGUAAUGUUUUACAAUUGUAAUUAUUAUUAUCAAGAAUUGUCUGGUCAAAUUAAACAGCGGAGAUAGAAGACUUGGGCAUAUGGCACAAUCUUGUUAAUAUAUUACAGCAUAUUUGCCUUGUAGAAACCUGUAAACUGAAUUAACAGUUCGACAAUUCUUUUUUUUUCUUUUUUCAUUCUAGAAGGAGUUGGGAUUUUCUAAGAGGGCAUUGCUGGAUAAUGCAUCCAUAUUGGAUGGUUGGCAAGAUAAAGCCACAGCCUUUUUCAUUUUUUUAAUUUAUUCUCCUUAGAAAUAAUGACUUGUGAUAUUCUGGUAUGCUGUUUGGUAAUGUAAGCUAGCUGUGAGCAAAGAGUGUCUCAUUUUUCUGUCGAAUUCUUGUGCAACACUUCUGUGAUAGCAUUCAUUGAAGUAAAUUCACUUCCCCUUCUUAACUUCAUCAUAUUGGUACUGUCGAUAGGAAAGCAAGGUUUUAGAUUUUUUAAAAUCUGUUUCUACCAAAGUUAAAGCUUGCAUUUAAAAAGUUGUCAUAUUAUGUUUUGUCUCUAAUUGAUCAACAGGUUCUGUUUUCAUAUUUUUUCUUAAGUUAAAUUUUAUUCUUUUAUAUCAGACAAAAUUGUCCUUUAUCCAAAGCAAAAUCUUGGUUGCAUUCCACCAAAACAAUAAAUUUUCGUCA